AUGCACACAUUAUCACAAUCAUUACAAACAAAAGUAAGCACUAAACAACAAAGUAAUAAUUUAAGUGAACCCUAUAAAAUUAACCGCGUAAUUGGAGGUGCAAAUGCUGUAAAAGGAGAAUUUCCUUAUCAAGUUAGUUUGCAAUCGGGCAAUUUGCCACAUAUUCCGUUGAAACAUAUAUGCGGUGGAACUAUAAUUGAUGAAGAAUGGAUUCUCACUGCGGCACAUUGCGUUAAUAAAUUAUCCCCAUUUGUAUAUAUGGUAGUUAAAGCUGGAAAACAUUACAUUAACAUUCAAGAACCGCCUGAACAAGUUUCCUAUGUAGGAAAAAUCAUCAUUCACCAUGAGUAUCAUGGAGAAGUCUCGCCAAAUGACAUUGCAUUGCUGAAACUCUUGACACCAUUAACGCUCAAUGAUUUCGUAAGUCCAAUAAAUUUGCCCACUGCCAAUGUUGUUCCAAAGGUUUCAGAAGCUCUACUCUCUGGCUGGGGAUCAAUUUCGAAAACUGCUUCUCCCAUAUUGCCACGAAUAUUGUAGAAAGUAACUUUACCGCUUAUCGACAAUAGCGUAUGUAAGCGAGCAUUGAGGAUAUUGGGAGAAAAAGAUCGAGAAAUUCACCAACCUAAUUUAUGUACUGGCCCACUAACUGGCGGAUUGCAGUGUGGUGAUUCUGGUGGGCCUUUGAUGUCAAUAAAUGAAAAAGGUACAAGAGAAAUCAUCGGUAUAGUAUCGUGGGGUCGAAUACCAUGUGGCGGUUACGGAACGCCUACGAUUUUCGCAAAAGUAUCUGCUUUUAUUGACUGGAUCAAUGAUGUAUUGAAGAAUUGGGAUGAUAAUCUAAGCUUUGUAGCUUCUCUUGGUGAUGUUUUAGUGAUCAGUGGUGUAAACGCCGCAAAAGGAGAAUUUCCACACCAAGUUUCCUUACAAUGGGGAAAUCCACCGCUUAAUCCUUUCAACCAUAUGUUACGAGCUGGAAAAAAUCACGUCAAAGUACACGAAACUACUGAACAAACUGCCUAUACAACAACAGUUAUUAUAAAUAACAUAUAUCAAAGCGGUGUUUUCCCAUACGACAUAGCCCUUAUAAAACUGGCUACUCCUUUUAAAAUCAAUAACUUUGUCAAGUCGAUUCAACUGCCAAAAGCUAACACGAUUCCUCAAGGAGAGGCAAUACUAUCCGGCUGGGGCUCUAUUUCUAAAACGAAGCAGGUCAUUUUGCCAGACUAUCUGCAAAAAGUCAGCUUACCCAUUAUCAAUCUCGACAUUUGUAGAAGAGUAUUCAGAAUAAUUAUGGAACCGUAUCCAAUUCACGACACUAAUAUUUGUACGGGACCUUUGAGUGGCGGAUAUUCGGCCUGCAAUGGUGACUCUGGUGGCCCUCUCAUAACGUACAAUGAGAAAGGCAUACCUGAAGUCAUUCGAGUAGUUUCGUGGGGCCAUGUACCAUCUCUGCGAGCAGCAGAUGCUGAGCUGGCCUUGCUGGCAGAACGUCCGACGCGCAUCGUAGGUGGUGAAAAUGCCGAGCAGAACAAUCACCCAUGGCAAGUGUCGCUGCACUGGUUUAACAAGAAACGCGGAAUAAAGCCUCGACACGUGUGCGGUGGCACCCUACUGACCGCUGGCUGGGUCCUCACCGCAGGUCACUGCAAAACCUUGUCGCCGAAGCGGCCCGGAGGCCAGUAUUUGAUUUUCGCGGGCAAACAUAUGCUCGGAACUCAGGAAGACACCGAACAGAGUCGGCUUGUUGUGGAAACUUUCGUUCAUCCGGAAUACAGAGGAUCUGUUGGUCCAUACGACAUUGCAUUGAUGAAAUUAGAGGAACCUUUCGAACUGAACGAAUACGUAUCGACCGCGUCUCUGCCCUACCCUGACGAGGAUCACCACGGCGAGGCGAUACUGACCGGUUGGGGCAGCAUCAGCAGAACGCGUAAACCUGAGGCACCAGAAGUCUUGCAAGCAGCGACGCUGCCGAUUCUUCACUACGAAGAGUGCAGGGAGGCGCUCAAUCGUCGUCUCAAAAAAGAAGGAAGAAACCCACUGCACUCGACCAACGUUUGCACUGGCCCGCUCGAUGGAUCAGCUUCCGCCUGCAAGGGCGAUUCUGGAGGUCCUCUAGUAGCGAAAAAUGCGUUUGACAUGGUGGAAGUCAUCGGGGUAGUUUCGUGGGGACUGUUUCCUUGCGGUGGAAGAAACGCGCCGUCUGUUUAUACAAAAGUCUCGGCUUUUGUUCCAUGGAUUCAGAGCGUCAUGUUGAACAAUUAA